UUCGUUGUUUCGACUUCAACAUUGCGCAUCCCAGCUCUUCGACCAGCGAUUGCGGAAUUCUCGACGGGAGAUAUGGCACAAUUCUUUCCCGCCGAACAAUGAGUCGACUAAACAAACGAACGAGCAACCGAGAAAGGUGACACGACGGCACAGCUCAGCACCGCAACGAGCAUCACCGUCCUAAUUGCGACCAAGUCAACCCCUAACAUCAAGAACCACCACUACAACCCCAACCGGCACAAUGCUCACCACCGCCCCCCACCUCUACAUCCGCCGCCCCUCCCCAACAACCGCCGAAUUCACAGUCACCACCUGCCCGCCCCGGACCAUCCCCCUCCGCCUCCUCCUGCUCACCAUCCACCUCCUCCGCCUCCUCAUCGUCUCCGCCGCCCUCCUAACACUCUACACCCGCUUCGACCCCCUCCCCCCGACCACCACCGAACAACAACAAGAACAACAACACGAACCCCUCCUCACCCUGCUCCUAGCAGGCGACAUCGCCCUCUUCCUGCGCGCCGCGCUCUCCACGGCCCAGCUCUCGCAAGCGGGCACCACACUCGCGGCCGCGGCCGCCCCCCUCCCCGACUGGGCGCUGGCGGCGGCAGCCGCGGGCGCGGUGUACGCGGCGGCGCGCACGCGGCUGCACACGACCGAGUCGGUGCUGGUGCUGCGCGGGCUGGGGAUCCAGACGUGCACGUCCGGAUCGGGGUCGGGGUCGGGGUCGGGGUCUGGGUCUGGGUUUAAGGGGGGUGGUGGUGCGGGCGGGGCAGCGAAGUGGGGAUGGGGGCGGCAGACGCGGUUUAUCCCGACGGAGAAGAUACGGGAUGUGUUGAUCAAUGAGGCGUUUCGGGGGUUUGAGGUGCGGUAUUAUUUGGUGGUGGUCGUGGAGGGGGAGGAGGAUGUGGUGGUGCUGUUUCCGGGGCUGUUGCCGAGGAGGAAGAUUGUGGAGGCCGUUUGGAGGGGGAUUAGGGCGUGUUUGGUUGAGGGGGAGGUGGGAGGGAAGGGGUGAUUGUUUUACGAUUUGUUUUAUUUUUGAACUUGGAGCUGUGAGUUG